CGUGCGUAAAAAAAAAAAAGCUGCAGCGAGGAAACGCGCGCUCUCGCAUCUUGCAAAAAAAGAGGACAUUACUAUUUUUCAACUACCGACCUCCACAGCGUUAUGCGUUAGUGUGCUCAGCAUUAUAUCCUUUUUUUUCAUCUUUGAUUUGUCCUGUAUUUUUUUUUUUUUUUUUUUUUUGAUGGUUCCUAACGUGCCCGAUGCUGCUCGCACGAUCCGAUGCUGCCGCACAAGUCCUUAAGGCGCAAAUGAAGACGAAUAAAAGUGGGAGCUAUAACUGGAUUUAACUGGAGGGCAACAGAACGCACGGAAGAACUGAGAAAGAUCCACUCCAACUUAUGGCGUGAAGGGCCUGUGGCUGGCCUGCAUCACUCACAGCUAAUGGAUGUCUUUACCCACUAUGCCUACAACGACAGUUUCUAUGACAAUGGAACAUGGGGCUUCAACGAGACGGAUCAAGAGCAGAAGCACGAGUACAAUUACUACGCCAUGCUGCUCACGCUGCUCAUCUUCGUCAUCGUGUUCGGCAACGUGCUCGUAUGCAUUGCCGUGUCGAGGGAGAAGGCUCUGCAGACCACUACCAACUACCUGAUCGUCAGUCUGGCGGUCGCUGACCUUCUGGUGGCGACGCUGGUCAUGCCCUGGGUGGUCUACUUGGAGGUCGUCGGGGAGUGGCGCUUUAGCAAGAUCCACUGUGACAUCUUUGUCACUUUAGACGUGAUGAUGUGUACAGCCAGCAUCCUCAAUCUGUGUGCCAUCAGCAUCGACCGUUACACAGCCGUCGCAAUGCCCAUGCUGUACAACACGCGCUACAGUUCUCGAAGAAGGGUGACUGUUAUGAUCUCAGUGGUGUGGGUGCUGUCUUUCGCCAUAUCCUGCCCCCUGCUGUUUGGGCUCAAUAACACAGCCACGCGGGAUGCUUCACUUUGUGUGAUCGCCAAUCCCGCCUUUGUGGUGUACUCCUCCAUCGUGUCCUUCUACGUCCCCUUCAUCAUCACUCUGCUGGUUUACGUGCAAAUCUACGUGGUCCUGAGGAAGCGCAGGAAGCGAGUCAACAACAAACCCAAGCGGCGUGCGUGUCAAGUCGCCGUGCCAGACGUGGCCACUUCUCUCAAGGACAAGUGCACUCAUCCUGAAGAUGUGAGGCUGUGCGCAGUGAUUGUCAAGACCAACGGGAGUUUCCCUGCCAAAAAGAAGAAAGUGCUAUUCAUCAAAGACGUGACCAACGAAGGGGAGGACAUGGAGUUAGACGACCUCAACAACAGCGGCAGCAGCCAAAAGCAGAAGCCGCGAUGCACCCUGGGAGAAACGCCAGCCACUAGCCACCAACUGCUGGUGCCCAACAAGGAGGUCAACACCAGCCCUAACUCCUCACCCCCGACGGCCGCCGAAGAGAGCCAGAGACCCGAAAAGAACGGCGACCCCGGCAAGGAGCCUCUGGCGGAUCAGACGCAGAUGGUAGCCAAAGUCUUCCAGACGCAGACGCUACCUAACGGCAAGACUCAGACGUCUUUGAAAACGAUGAGCAAGAGGAAGAUCUCCCAGCAGAAGGAGAAGAAGGCCACGCAGAUGUUGGCCAUCGUUCUUGGUGUAUUCAUCAUAUGCUGGCUGCCUUUUUUCAUAACGCAUAUCUUGAACACCCACUGCACAAAAUGCAAGGUUCCCGCCGAGAUGUACAACGCUUUUACAUGGCUGGGCUACGUCAACAGUGCCGUCAACCCCAUCAUCUACACCACCUUUAACGUGGAGUUCCGAAAAGCAUUUAUUAAGAUUUUGCACUGCUAAAAAAAAUUGCGAGCGAUCGCACUGAAGGAUGAAGACCAGCUGGGAAAAUACCUCAUCCUGGAAAGGAAAACACACCGCAUGGGGUUUCGUUUCCUAAGUGACUGGAGAAAAAAAUACCUUUUUUUCUGAAGGUUCUUUAUGUGAAUUGAUUGAGGAGUCCUUUCGCUCUCCCAAGCUGAAUGUACACCAAGAAAUGUCUGUAACGAUGGCUUGUCUGGUGAAGACAAAUGUACCUUGUUUCUAAAACACAAACAUUGUGCUUGUCACCGUAUACUGCACACGCCGCACACAUGGAAAAACUGGUAUUUAUUGUAUGUAUUUCAUGUUUCUAAAAUGAAAAAAAAAAUUACACAUAUAUAUAUAUAUAUAAUAAAUACAUCAAGUCAGUGUUCAUUGCCGUGUUCAAUCGAAUAUGUGAGCUCUUAUUCUGAAAAGGUGUCACGAAUUGGAAUGGUUGUCGAUAGCAAAACGACUCUUGCUGUCUAAUGUGGCUAUGCCAAUACCUACAUGAUUGCAAUUUUAUAAAUUGGACCUUCAUAUUUCAUGAUUAUCACUGUCAUAAUUUGUUGUAAAUAUGUUUUUCUUAACACAUUUACUGUGUUGUUAUUAUUAUUAUUAUUAUUAUUAUAUGCCUGCGAUUAAAAAAAAUGUGAUGCAUGCCACACAGUU